AUGUCCUCCAUCUCCAUGCCACUGCUCACUUUCAUCCAACCCUCGAUGCUAACCGAAGAGCAAAUCUACCUGGAAGAAUGGACGAACAGCUCUCGUCUCCUAUUCUACUCGGUCCUCUCAAUAGCCUUCUUCACUCUUCCAGUCUUGUUAACAAGUUUCUGUUGGAUACGGUGUAAGAAGCGUCAAAAUGUGCAUUUUUUGCCUUAUUUGUGUGCAAUUCUGGGUGCUAACAUGGUGCUGUUGGGCACGUUGAUGACGAGUGUGAUAACGGAGAACACCGAUUAUGUUUAUGACAUAAUCCCAGGAUACCUUGUCUGCAAGCUCACCGCAUUCCUAGUCAACUCAUCUUCCUGCUUCAUCCAUUGGGCAUGGGUUGCCAUGUACGCUGAGUGGAGCACAGUUGUAAGAACAGCGUCGAGCUUGUAUGUGUCUCCCCCAUCAGAAUCAUGUUCCAGCGCUUCUGCUACAUAUUCUUCCCUCUCCGCUUUCGAAAUCACAGUUCCUGCCGGACUAGGUGCAUCCUAUUGA